AGGGCCGACCCCCGCGGCCGACCCCCGCGCGCAGGGAGCCCCUCCCCCGGCGGGCCGCCGCCGCUGCCGCGAUGCCGAGGCACUCGGGCUGCGGCCGCGCGCUUCGCGCGCCCCGGCCACCGCUGCUGCUGGCCGCCGCGCUCGCCUUGCUCGCGGGCGCGGCCGGGGCGCCCGAGGUCUCCGUGGAGUUCUACUACUCGCCGUCCAGCCCCAAGAGCGGGCCCUACCUGAACCGCUCGCUGGGCGCGCUGCUGGCCGCCGGGCUGCCGGGGUCGGCGGUUCGCGUCACGGUGCUGCCGUGGCCUGCGGGGGCCUUCGUGCCCACGAGGCCGUACCUCCCGACGCCCGCCGACAACGCCUCCUUCCCGGACCUGUGCGCCCUCCGGGGCGUGCUCGGCGGCGCCGCCCCGGCGGACUCGCAGGGCUUGGCCGCGGGCGUGCGUUUCGCCGCCUGCCGCGCCAGCGCCGAGUUCCGGCGGGGCCAGGUGAACGCCACGGCCUGCGCGGAGUUGGCCGACCUGCGGUGGGACGGCGGCCAGGGCCUUGAGGCGUGCGCUCAGGGCGGCGACGCCGAGGCUCUCCUGUCGGGGGGAGCGUACGGCGAGGCCAUCACGCGCACCAUGUCGCGGACCCGGUACGCCAGUGGGCUGCCGGCGAUCUUCCUGGACGGCGAUCCCCUGACCUGCCCCCGCGCCGACUUGUGCGAUUCCGUCUGGACGGAGGCGGGGCACGAAGACCUCGAGCGCCCGGGCAGCCUCCUCGCCGUGGUGUGCUCCAGGCUGAGCUCGGCGCCGCCCGCGUGCGAGGCGGCGGCCUCGGAGGCCGUGCCGGCGGACCUCGAGAAGUGCGAGAACUGCGCCGAGGUUGGCCGCUUCCGGUGGGGCUCGGACUGCC